AGAGAGAGAGAGAGAGAGAGAGAGAGAGAGAGAGAGAGAGAGACAGUUUUCUUCAUUAGUGACGAUGCUCGUGAUAUAAACUUCGCCGUCGACCGACAGUGACCUCUCUCCCCCGUGCACCCGGACGACGACGAUCGUCGAUGAGCGCUGAGAAUUCGCUCGAGAUCGAACGCGCGAUCCGCCAUCCGUUCCGGUGUUCUCGCGAGCCGUCGGCGCGAUCGUUCCGGGAUCGCCGUCGCGCAUCAUCGCCUAACAGGCCGUGGGUGGAGAUCACGACAAGGCGGGGCGCGUGCUCUCGAAUGGAGGAGACGCCGGAGGAUCAUCGCGUGUCAUCGUGAGUGUCGUUCUCGCAAGUUCUCCCAUACGUGCACAGAGUGCGAGUGAAUCGAUAGAGCUUCGGGGGGAUGGGGGGAUAAAAAAGGGAAAAAACGAGCAAGAAAAGACAAAGAGGAGGACAGAGGAGACGGUCGUGGGCGAAUUGAGGAAUAAGGAAAGGAAAAAAGAGAGAGAGAGAGAGAGAGAGAGUGAGAGAGAGAGAGAGAGACCGUGAGGGAGACAAGGGAGAGGGGGGAGAGUGUAUCAACGCGUGUGAAAUGGAUGGUACGCCAAGGAAAAGCGAAGCAGUGCUAAUAUAUGGAUGCCCAUGGGUGGAACUUGGCCGAAAUGUGCCAGCGCUACCAUCACGCUGUACCGGCGGCGCAGAACUCCUCGCCAGCUAGGGACCCCUCGGCUGCCAUCGUGCAAGGCCUGUCAACUGCCGCGCACAUCGAUCAAGCCAGCCCGUCUUAUUCCCACUACACGAUGCUGGAUAAUUACGACCGGGGUGAGGUGACACCACCACCAGCGGUGAGCGGUUAUGGCGGCUCCCCCGGGCUCUUGGCACUUCAUUCCUCGCUUUACGCGACACCCACGUCGCGGGCCUACGACAUCGACUCCAAUAUGGACGGCAACGACAGCUCGAUGCCCAUCGAUACCCAAAUCAUCUCGAUACCGGGCAUGCUGAGCGGUCCGGCGGCGCAGCAGCGGCUUGAGGACAUGCCCUGGCUGGCUUCCGGGCCGUCCCUGGAAUACCAGCAGGGCAUCUCGCCGAUUCCCGCGGGAGUGAAGAUGUGCCAUCCCGGCGGCAGCCAGGCGCAAAGGAGCCUCAAGGAGCAGCGGAUACGUCGCCCGAUGAACGCGUUUAUGGUCUGGGCAAAGGUCGAGCGCAAGAAAUUGGCCGACGAGAAUCCCGAUCUCCACAAUGCCGAUCUCAGCAAGAUGCUCGGAAAGAAGUGGCGAGGGCUGACACCGCAGGACAGAAGGCCCUACGUCGAAGAGGCCGAGAGGCUCAGGGUCAUACACAUGCAGGAACACCCGAACUACAAGUACAGGCCGCGGCGUAGGAAGCACGCGAAACGGACACCCGGUGCACCGUCCUCGCCUCCCUCCGCGACCAACACCGCGGGCAACAGGUCCAACCCCGCGGGCCCGACGAUUCAUCAUUCCAUGUCCAAGAUGGACAGUUACCAGGGCAUACCUCAGAUCCCGUGGGGUGGCCACUCCCCGAUUUCAUCCCUGUAUCAUCAACAGCAGCAGCAGCAGCAGCAGAGUAUCCAGGAGUACAAAUCGGAAAAUAAUUCGCUCUACGGCAGCCCUUACACCCCCAUCAUCCACACCCCGGACAUAUCUCCAGUGGCCAGUCCUGAGCCUGACGGCGACGGCGGUCAUCUACCGUCCAGCCAAAAUCCGGACCCGGAGCGAGACCUGAUGGAGGGCACCUCGAAGCAGCACGGCGACAUGACGGACCAAACGAAGCGAUACACGUUCAUGAGCAACGACAGUCAAUUGCACACGGGUCAUGCUGGUAGCACUAGCAUAUCGUCGUGUCAGAAUUCCGGCGGUUAUACGGACACUUUGACGUAUAAAAAAUCCGUGAGUUACUUGAACUUCGAGAGACAGUCGACGAGUAUAGCCGCGGUGGGUAUAGCGAACGGUAUGAUGGUGUCGUGCAAUAAGCUGCGCUCCGGUUUCGACAACGUCGGCUCCGUCACGGGCACGUUUUAUCCGCCGGUCGCUUCGCCGCACGAUCAAUCGUUGCAGCAUUACAGCGGCACACAAUCCUCCAAGAGCGCGAGCUAUUCGAUGCAGUCCACCGUCGAGAGCAAUUACACGCCGGUCCAGUGUGGCAAUCGGCAGCAAUCCAUAGGAAUCCGCGGGCCCGCCGAAAGCUGUUCCGGUGUGACGCACAGAUACCAAAUGCCUCAUCACCCGGAGUACCAGACAGAUACGUCCGGCAACGCUCAGCAGCAGCAGCAGCAGCAGCAGCAGCAGCAGCAGCAGCAACAACAGCAGCAACAGCAGCAGCAACAGCAGCAGCAACAACAGCAACAACAACAACAGCAACAGCACUCGAUCCUCGGCCACAUCGAUUCCGGUAUAACCGUGCCGGAGGACGAUCAGCAGCAGCUGGAAAAGUAUUUCAAGUAUCCCCAUCCGACGAGCGUGGCGCACUCCAGCCUGUCUUCGCAGAGUAUGCUGGACAGCAAUCACAACUACGCCAGCGAUCUGCGCUAUUACGGAGCUCCGCAGCAGCAGCAACAGCAACAGCAGCAGCAGCAGCAGCAGCAGUCGCAAUUGGACAUUUCGAACCCCCAGUGUAUCGUAGACGAUCAAGGCAAGGACACUCGUUGCGCCAACGUCAGCCUCGGCCACACCAUGGCCGAGCAGUACCACCAGAGCUUGGACGUGUCCAAGUACCCGGAGCACCCGGCCUCGCAGCAGCAUCAACAGCAGCCGCAGCAGACGCAGAACAUGGAACAUGUGGCCAAGGCCGACGACGAUUUCAGUGUUAUACUCGCGGACGUACGCAAGACCUGUUACAGCAGCUAGUGUCUCUUUCUCUAGUGUACGGACGGUCGGUUCCACUCGAACGCACGACUGCUACCGGAUGUGUUCGAGCAUUUCGGGGACUCGUCGUGUUUCUUUCUCGAGCGCGAUCGGGAGGAAGGGCUUACGCGUGUGAGCGUAAUAGCGCGUCUUCUUACGUCAUCGUGUCUGGUGCUACCGUCCCUCCCUGGCCCGAAAUACGUCACAGAGUGUUAGUAGUUUUGUCGCGAUAGGAGAGAAAGGUACGUCUGUAUGUGUGUAUGUGUGUGCGCUGCUCUCUCGUUAACGCGCGGAAACGGAUCCCUGCGACACGGGAUCUUUCCGCGAACGCGAGCGAACGGUAAUUAUCCCGUUCGCGCGACUCGAUUCGUUCCAUUACGGCGAGAGAGAGAGAGAGAGAGAGAGAGAGAGAGAAAGAGAGAG